AUGGAUCUGCCAUUCUACCACGGAAACAUAAACAAAAAAACUUGUGAAAAACUUCUUCUCCGAAGAGGAAAGAAUGGAUGUUAUUUGCUGAGAGACAGUGAAUCUGUUCCCAGAGCCUUGUGCCUUUGUUUAUUGUAUGGAAGACUGAUUUAUACUUACAGAAUUUUUCAAGAUAUCAAUGGGCUUUAUAUGGUUCAGGCAGCAAAAGGUGUUCAAGAAAAGUUAUUUACAAAUCUCAGGGACCUCAUUUCCAAUUAUGAAAAAUCUAAUCAGGGAUUGGUUCAUAAUCUGGUAUAUCCUGUCAACAAAGAGCCAUGUGAGCAGACAACCCUUCUACGAAAAGAUUCAAUGAACAUUAUUUUUUCAUAAUUAUAUAAAUUUUUUACAGAGAUCGAUGACAAAGAGUAUGUGGAUGUCCUACCUUCUUAAACGUCAACCAGAUGGAUGUGCAUCAUAUAAGGCAUUUAAAGAAUUUUAAAAAAGGUUGUGGUUCCAAUAUGCAUAACAAACUUUUCAUUAAAUCAACCUUACCAAUUCCUUUAAGAUCUUCUGCCAGUAUCAC